AUGGCAGCUCUACCAGCUCCGCCGUCUCUGCAACUCUCCACCACCGCAGCAGCAUCAACUCUCUUCCCAUCAUCUCCGCGCGUAUCCUUCCCCUCCAAACACCGGCGACACGCCUCCCCCUUCCGCGCCACCGCCGACGAGAACUCCGAAUCCUCAACGGAACCCGAAUCCGCUCCUCCGAGCUCCGAUUCCUCAUCGGACCCCUUCGAUUCCCGCAUCUCCAACUUCCGCCUCCGUUACAGAGCCGGAACGGGGAAGAAAGCGGAGAUGCGCAAGGCCAGAAAGCAGGCAGCCUCGAGCUCCUCCUCCUCCUCCGGAGCCAGCCUCUACCUCCCUCCGGUCCCGCUGAAGCAGCCGGUCUCCGGAGGCUUGAAAGUGGAAUUCGGAUUCACGCCGUACAGCGAGAGGCUGAACGGCCGGAUCGCGUUUCUCGGGCUGGCGGCUCUGCUGCUGGUGGAGCUGGCGACGGGGAAGAGCGUGCUCAACUACCACACCCCGUCGAUCGUCCUGAUCCAGAUCUACUUCGUGGCUGCGGUGUCGGCGGUGUACAUGAAGUACGAGAAGGAGAAGAUCAGCGUCUGGCCAGAGUCGUCUUCAUCGUCUCCGGCAAAAGAAUAG